CUGUAGUUUUUAUUUAACGAGGUGGCAAGUGAUUAGCCCACGGAUUUUUUUUGCAUCUUUCCGUGUUUAUUUGCAAUAGUUUUGGAGUUUUUCAACAUUUUCCGCGAUGAGCAACGCAGAGACAACUACGGAUUUGCUCUGUACAGAAAUCAUUCUGAAAGCGGAGGACAAGGAAGUGGAGAAGGCUUCAGAAGCCAGCAGUAAUACGCUAUCGGUCGAAAAGGAGGUCCCGGAGAGCAAGGAGCGGCCAAUAACGCCGGAUGACGAGCUCAUCUCCAUGGAAACGCUGCGACCCUCACCUGUCCAAUGGCCAGAGCGAUUUCCCGGAAUGGAUGAGUUCCUCUCCAUGAGCGACACGCCGAUCUACACGAACAGCAGUAACUACACCAGCAAUCUGACCAAUGAUGAUAUGGCCAAGAUCAAUGUCCUAGCCCAGCUUUCUCCCGAGGAUCUGAUCGAUAAAAUAAAGUCAAUGCAUGAUGAAAUUUACCAGCUGGGACUGCGUGAGGCAAUGGAGAUGACUCGUGGGAAGCUGCUGGGCAUCUUUGACCGGGAUCGCGCUCCUAAGCGGCAGCCAUGAGGCAUGAUGAUCCCACCCCUGGGAAUGGGACUGUCGUGGAUCUCGUUGAAUUCGCAUUAGGAUCAUAGGUGUAGUUUCAUAGUGUACAUAGUGCUAUUUUUUAUAGUGAGUAAUGCGUGUUGUGAAUGAUUUAUCGCAAUUUUACAAAGAUAAAUAGGCGUUUGAACAGUAA